AUGCUCGGAGGACAACGUGCCGAGGGCGGUGGAGCUGACGAGGCCGCGCCGGUGCUGCCGAAAUCCACCAAAGCGGCCAGCAAGAAGGUCAAGAAGUCUGGGCCCAAAAGGCCUACGAAGCGGACCAAGGCCGGUCAGCCACAGCUGAUGAACAUGUGCUACUAUUGCGAGGAAGAUUUCCGCGAGAUGUGCGCAGGAAUUUCAUGCUGCGCUGGAUGUUCAACAAGGACUCACGCCUAUAUCUCCAAAGGGGCUAGCGAAUGCGUCAAAUCCGCAGCUUGCUCGCGGAUUACAAAGCUGAAAGCGAACGAGAACUUCAUGUCGUUACCGUGUGCGCGCACCACCAUCAUCAUACUCGCCCAGCGAUGCGGGUCGUGUUUUGAGGACUCAAUUCCCGAGGAGACGAUGUUCCGACUGGACGCUGCACGAGCGCUCGCCGCAAAAGAA